UAGUUCCAAACUAUCGAAAUAAAUCAGAGAAUACAAAAUAAAUUUGGGGAAAAUAAAUCUGAUUGGGCGGUAAAUAAUAACACUCUCUAAGAAGAUGUACGGAUCGGCGCAAACACCUGAUGAUUCAGAGAGAACUGCUUUCAGAAAAGCUGAGAAGAAAUACAAACUCGAUAAGAGUAGUGUUAUUACUAAGAAGCCGAGGAAAAAUCAAGUGAAACAAGAAGAAGAUUUGUCAGAAGUUAUUGAUUUCAAAUCCAUACUUGAAACCGACAAAGAGACUGGAGAAACACCUCCUGGAAUCUCCAAGCUUCAAUCUGAUUUCAGUCGUCCUGUUUUUUGUUUUGAAGAUCGUCCUGGAUUUUACUUUAUUCCAGGUGCGUUGAGUGUUGAGGAGCAAUGCCACUGGAUCAAAGAGAGUUUGGGAAACUUCCCACAACCUCCAAACAGAACUAAUCAUAAUGCAAUAUAUGGUCCGCUUCAUGAUUUGUUUCUUGCUGCACAAACACAGAAAGUUCUGAUUGAUGCUGGUACUGUAAAUGCUGAUGCCAAUUCGACGUUCACUUCGAAUGCCCAAGAGUUAGAUGUUAAGAGAUGGAAAACUAACGAGGAAAGUGUUCAGAAAUUAAGUGGAGAUUCAUGCAAAGUUAUCACAGCCUCCUCAUUGUUACGGAAAUUGCGUUGGAGUACUUUAGGACUUCAAUUUGACUGGUCUAAGCGCAACUACAAUGUUUCUCUCCCACAUAACAAGAUCCCAGAAACUCUUUGCCAGCUUGCCAAAAGAAUGGCAUCACCUGCCAUGCCAAUGGGGGAAGAAUUUCGACCCGAAGCUGCAAUAGUGAAUUACUUUGGUUCAGGUGAUAUGCUUGGUGGCCACCUUGAUGACAUGGAAGCAGAUUGGAGCAAACCUAUAGUAAGUAUCAGUUUGGGCUGCAAAGCUAUAUUCUUACUUGGAGGAAAAUCUAGAGAGGAUCUUCCAGUAGCUAUGUUCCUCCGAAGUGGUGACAUUGUUCUUAUGGCUAGACAGGCAAGGGAAUGCUUUCAUGGCGUGCCUCGGAUCUUUGCAGACACAGAAAAUGCAGAAAUUACUUCUCUUGCUUUACAGUUUUCGAACCAAGAUGAUCACUGUUUUCUGGAGUAUAUCAGAACUUCAAGAAUUAACAUCAAUAUUAGACAAGUGUACUAAUGUAAUUCUUAUCAAAAUUUUUUGAAAAAUACAAUUUUGAACUAAAUCACAAUAUGUUUCCCUUAAUCAGGGGAAAUGAGAGGGAAAAAAGUGUCACUAUUUUAUUACUCAUCGUCUGAGAUAGCAACUGUGAACGCUGAAAUUAUAAUGUUCUCCUGCCAUGUUAUUCUUUUGUCA